AUGUCGACAACUCCGCAGAGUGCUGUGAAUCAGAGGCUGCCCCCGUCCUCCCGUCGCCACUCCAAAAUCACCGUCGAGUACCACGUUCCCAAUCGCGCCUCUGUCCAGAACUACGCCAAUUUCAUCGCCGACCCCGCCGCUCAUUCCAACACCGCGCCUUUCCAGGAUCCAUUUCUGCCGUCGAGACAGGCCCCAGGUCCUCCGCCAUCCUCAACAGCGAAGCACAACUCCCGAAUCCGCAACUCGCUGCAGAAGGCCCCGCCCCGGAAACAGAGCCUGACGACGCCCACCGCACCCAAACCCGUCGAUCGUGAUCCUUUUGCCGCAGCCAGCCGACUCACCUCCAGCAACAGCGGUAGCAACAGCGACAGCGGCCUUAUGAACGGCACACCACCCCCGCCACGGCCAUCGCGGGCCAACACGGCCAACCUGACCGACCUCUUCCCCGCUCAACGCAACGUCGCCAACCAGCGCCUGUCCGAUCCG